AUGGAACGAAAAAUUAAGACACUGUUAUUUAUUAAAAUUUAUGCUUUUGUGUUUAUAAGUUGGAUAUGUCAUUUUUACACUUAUAUGAGUAAGCAAAACAAAUAUUUGGUUGAGUGCUACAAUCAGCAUAGAAAAAUAUAUGCAAGAAACUAUCGUUUACUGGCGAAAUAUAAGCAGGAUAAGGAUUCAAUUAUUGUAUGUUUAGAGGAAGAAAUGCCAAAUAGAGUAAACGAUAAAAAAAAUAUAUCUAAUAGUGAAAAAUUGCUCCCAAGAGAAAAGAAACAGUCAAAUGGAAGUUUCCAAAUAAAUGUAAGAGGCCAUAAAAAAAAUAUAAAAAAUAAAUCUUGUAUAUUUGAAACUAAACAGUAUUCUUAUAUGGAAAAAAAAAUAUUCAAAGAACUUGAUUAUGUAGAUUUUCUUAAAAACAACAGAACAAUAAGUGAUAAUACUUAUAAAAAAAUAAUAUAUAAAAAAUUCGGAUUGCGAUUUGCUUUACCUAUAUUCCUAUUUUUUGGUCUUAUCAAUAUCAUUUGUGUUAGAUUUUUUUUGUGGAUAUGGGAUGUUUGUUCGUUUUUUUAG